AUGGCUACCCCUAGCGUUCUCGUCUUUGAUGCUGAGGGUAGGGCUGUCGACUUUGAGGUCUGGGUCGAUGAUCUGCAGCUUUUUCUACAGUGCGAUAGGAAAGACGGUCUCUCGCUGUUCGAUCUCACGUCUGGCGCCUCUACUGCCCCUACUGCCGAUACUGACAGCACUGUUCGCUCACAGUGGGCCACACGCGAUGCUGCUGCCCAUCUUGCUGUGCGUAGUCACUUUCCGUCCUCUGAGCGCGCACACUUUAGUCAGUACAAGACUGCUAAGACCUUUCGGUCGGCGCUGCGUCUGCCCCUAGCGGGAGACGCCGCACCGGCAAAGGCAAGGGGGGAAAGGGCGCUAGAGGAGCUGGCGGGGGCGGUGGAGGUGGCGGUGGAGGCGGCGGAGGGAGUGGGGGUGGCGGUGGGAGUGGUGGCGGGGGUGGGGGCUUCGGUGGCGGCGGUGGAGGCGGCGGAGGGAGUGGGGGUCGCGGUGGGAGUGGUGGCGGGGGUGGGGGCUCCGGUGGCGGCGGUUGAGGCGGAGGCGGCGGCGGCGGUGGCGGUGGGAGCAGAGGAGGAGGCGGUGGCGGCGGCGGUGGAGGUGGCAGCGGCGGCGGUGGAGCCGGUCGGGGUGGCUCUGCGCAGCGGGGCGGCUUCGGUGGUGGUCAGCGCCAGCAGCAGCAGCGCACUCGUGAGACCCCGCCCCCCCAGCACCUUCGUGAGUGAUACGCUGCGCGUCAGCGGGGUGGGGGUGCUGGUCCUUGUGCCUACGUCCUGCGUACCGACGACCGCACUGGUGAGCCGAGCGGUGGCCCGCACACCACCCAGCGCUGCUUCGGCCGCCUGA